GCUAGGUGCCGCCUUGCGUCCCGCUAAAGUGGCCGCGGUCAGGUUCCGGAGCCUCGGGAUCGCGACGGGAACCGAAUCCCCGCCUCUGUGCUUGCAGCCCCGUGGCUGUCACCUGUCCCUGCCCAAAGUGAGAGGAUAUCCCCGGUUCCCGUCUCUCCCUGCAGAAGGACCUCCCCCUGAGCGCCUCAGGUGGUGUCCCGACCCCUGCAACCCGCCGCCCUUUGGAGGGGAGCAGAAGAGUUUCCCUGCGGGUGAGGGAAAGAGGGAAAGAAGCCAGCCAUGUCGAACGCAAUGUAUAAUAAGAUGUGGCAUCAGACCCAAGAAGCCCUGAAUUCUCUGCUUGAUAAAGAGUCUCAGUUGCUAGAGCCACAAAGAAAUCAAGUGUUCAUCUUCCAGACAUUAGCCACCUACUACAUAAAGUACGUGCAGAUCUUUGGGAACCUGGAGAAUGUCUAUGACCAGAUUGUCCACCCACAGAAACGAAGACUGAUCCGGAAAAUACUAGAUGGAGUGAUGGGUCGCAUCCUGGAACUGAAGAAUGAGAUGGUAGAGUUGGAAUUAACCGAGUUUCAUUAUUUCGACGAUAUCUUACAGGACCUCAAGUUGGCUCCCCAACAAUUAGAUAUUCCGAUACCCAAGUAUUUUUUGAAGGAGAAGAUGGAUGUCAUAAAAGAGAGAGAGAAAAUCCUUGCUCAAAUAUUAGCCGCCAGUGGAUUAGAUGUAACUGACACGAAAUCCUCCGUCCAGGGUAUCCCCAUAGAAGAGGCAAUUAAGGUGAUCCAGAUGGCAGAGAGGGCUCGGCAGGGUCGCCUCCGAGCCGUGUUCAUGAAGCAGAUAUUCCUUCAAGAGUACAGGGCAAAGCAAGCCAGGUUGCUUGGCGAGAAAGUCCCAGACGAGGAGGCUGCCGCAGUGUGUAUUCAGAAGGUGUGGCGAGGUUUCCACCAAAAUAAGAAAACCGAGAGAGAGAGAGAAGAGGAGAUGGUCUUCCUGGGUAUGAAUCCACCUCCUCUGUUUAAUAAAGUCAGCGCUACAAUAAUCCAGGCCGAAAAGGUGAUCAGCCUGCGGAACGAGGUGCAGAGCCGGCAUGAAGAGGACUACAAAGAGGCUCUGAUCACAAUCAAGGACAGCCUGAAAUUAGUGGAAGGCACAGACAUCAAGGAGAACCUUCAAGACCAGAUCCGGCACUGGUUCAUCGAGUGCAGGAACUUGACUGGCACGUUUCCCAACUACCCUAAAGAAGAAGAAGGAGGUUCGGCGGUUAUUUUUUCUAACAAGACCACAGAACAGGUUAUUGAUGAUAUUAUUGCAAGCCAAGAAGAAGAUGAAAAAACCAAAAAGAAGAAAAAGACGAAAAAGGAAAAGAAACCCAAGAACGCCAAAAAAGAUAAGGAAAAGAAAGAAACAAAGGAAAAAAAUAAGGAAGAAGACGAAGGGUGGAAGAUGUCACCAAGUGUUUUUCUUCCUACGAUGGAGGAAGGAAAUAACGUGUACAAAGACCUGUGGAAGAAUAAAGAUGAAUCAUGGAAUUUCCCCCAGGACUAUGACCCGGAGCUGAUCAAAGAGGAGAAGCGGAAAGAACUGGAGUCAGAAAUCAGAGUGCAGGUUGAUGAGUUGAUGAGACAAGAACUAAAAAAUUUAAAACUAGCUGUGAACAGAGAAAAGGAAUUGCCGGCUAAAACGGGAAAGAAAGGAGGUAAAAAGAAAAACAAAGGGAAGAAAGGGAAAAAGGGGAAGAAGGAUAAAGAUCUGACGGCUGACAGGACCAUUGAGUCUCUGUAUAAGGAACUGGUCGAAGAAGGGUUGCUGAUCCAGGCCCUGAAAGUCAACCUCUCUGAUUACAUUGGUGAGUACAGCUACCUGGGGACUACUCUUCGCCAGGUGUCUAUAGAGCCCAUGCCUUCCCUCUUGGAUGUCAGACAGCUCAUCGCCCUGUACGGGGUCUUGCCACUAGGUUCUGCAGCAGUGCACGAGAAAGCUCCUUUGGUGAAAUCCCUGCUGUUGGCAGGGCCGUCGGGGGUAGGGAAGAAAAUGCUGGUCCAUGCCAUCUGUACCGAAACGGGAGCCAACCUCUUCGACUUGUCCGCAGCCAACAUUGCGGGGAAAUACCCCGGCAAAAAUGGCCUCCAAAUGAUGCUGCAUAUGGUCUUCAAGGUGGCCCACCAGCUCCAGCCCUCCGUGGUGUGGAUCGGAGACACAGAAAAAACCUUCUACAAGAAAGUCCCCAGCGCCGAAAGGAUGAUGGAACCAAAACGCCUGAAAAAACAGCUCCCCAAAAUCCUGAAACUCUUGAAGCCGGACGACAGGAUUCUGAUUGUGGGGACCACAAAGCGUCCUUUCGAUGCUGAACUUCAGUCCUUCUGCAGGGUUUACCAAAAAAUUAUUUUGAUUCCCAGACCAGACUAUGCUUCUAGAUAUGUUUUGUGGAAAGAGAUCAUUCAACGCAAUGGAGGAGUCGUUACUAAUGCCUUGAAUAUAAGUUGCCUGGCGAAGGUCACCGAUGGCUUCACCCAAGGUCACAUAGUCCAGGUGGUUAAGGGUGUGCUCACGGACCGGAGGAUCCGCCAGCAAAUUCAUAAACCGCUCACAGCAAUCGAGUUUAUUGAGUCCAUAACCAGCAUGAGUCCGGUAUACCAAGAGGAAGAAGAGAGCUUUAAGGACUGGUAUUCCAAAACCCCUAUGGGUAGAAAGCGAGCCUUGGCGUUAACGGGAGGUACCACGGAAAAGGAAAAGGAUAAAGGAAAAAAGAAGGAAAAGAAAGGAAGAAAGGAGAAAAAGAAAAAGUAAGGCCCUUCUGAGGAGCCAUCCUUGCGCGUCUCUCAGGGAUGGAGAUGGCCCGACUCUCCAGGGAGGAGACUCGCCAUUGCCCAUCUGAAGCCGACCCGGCUCCUGCCACCAGCUCCUCAGCUCUGCAUCCGCUCAGUGAGAUCUUUAGGAGGCUGUACCCCAAGAUAGUUGUCCGUAGCAGUUGUUUCUAGAAUUUGUAAUUGUUCCUUAGUCCAUGUACAGUUUGUAUAGAAACAAAAUUCACUCUUCACACUCUCCGCAAUCUUUUCAGGUUGAUACUCCAUGUCAUCCGUCCUACUGGACAGGUUUAAAAUUUGAUAGUUAGAAAAUACUCUAAGUUGACAGCCAGUAAGUAAUUUGGGUCUAUCGAUACACUAGUUUUAAUUAUUAAUCCAUAUAUAUUGUAUAUUAUCUUGCACAUAUUUUAAUAAAUUAACUCUUUGCUCUAUUAAUAUAUUUUAUAUAAUGGAAUAAAAGUUGUUGUCCUUGAAUGA